UUUUUACUUAUUUAAAAUGUGAGUAUAUAUGAAAAGCACCCUCGAUUAAUUCGAUGACACACAUGCAUACAUAAAUUAAACCAUUGUUUUUAUUCAUUCUUCUUUUUGCAGCCAUAAAAAUCUUAUCUUGUUGAUUAAACAUGGUCUACAUAACAUGUGAUCCUAUAUAUAUACUCUUAAAGAGAUAAUAAGUUCCAUACAUAUAUAUAUAUAUAUAUAUAUUUUAUAAUGGCUGCAUUAGUGUCCAUUGUAAGUAAUAUUAUUAGCUUUAAUAAUAAUAAUAAUACUUUCAUUAGAUCAAACCAUAAUACUAAUAUUAUUUAUAGUAAUAAAACCCUAUUAAUGUCUACAAAUAAUAGUAAUAUUAUUUCUCGAAGAUCAGCAAACUAUCAACCCCCACUUUGGCAAUUUGAUUAUGUACAAUCACUUUCUUCUCCUUUCAAGGAUGAAGCAUAUGUCAAAAGAGUUGAGAAACUAAAGGAAGAAGUAAGAGUGAUGGUGAAGAGAGCAAGAGAGGAGGAGAAGCCUUUAUCUCAACUUGAGCUUAUUGAUGUAUUGCAAAGACUUGGAAUUUCUUACCACUUUGAGAAUGAAAUUAAUGACAUAUUGAAAGAUAUAUAUAACAACAAUAAUGUGUGCAACACCAACAAUAAUGUGUAUGCCAAUUCUCUUGAAUUUAGACUCCUACGACAACAUGGUUAUCCGGUGUCUCAAGAAAUUUUUAGUACGUGCAAAGAUGAAAGAGGCAAUUUUAUGGUGUCUUCCAAUGAUGUCAAAGGAAUGUUAUCUUUAUAUGAAGCUUCAUUCUAUUUGGUAGAAAAUGAAGAUGGCAUUUUGGAAGAGACAAGACAAACAACAAAGAAAUAUCUUGAGGAAUACAUAAUCAUGAUCAUGGAAAAACAACAAUCAUUAUUAGAUCAAAAUAAUAAUAAUAAUGAUUAUGAUUAUGAUUAUGAACUAGUGAGCCAUGCAUUGGAGCUUCCACUUCAUUGGAGAAUGUUAAGAUUGGAGAGUAGGUGGUUUAUUGAUGUGUAUGAGAAGAGACUAGACAUGAACCCUACUCUACUUACCUUAGCUAAACUAGAUUUCAACAUUGUCCAAUCAAUAUACCAAGAUGAUCUUAAACAUGUCUUCAGCUGGUGGGAAAGCACUGGUAUGGGAAAGAAGUUGGAAUUUGCAAGAGAUAGAACAAUGGUGAAUUUCUUAUGGACAGUAGGAGUUGCAUUUGAGCCACAUUACAAAAAUUUUAGAAGAAUGAUUACAAAAGUAAAUGCUUUAAUUACAGUAAUAGAUGACAUAUAUGAUGUUUAUGGUACACUAGAUGAAUUGGAGCUCUUCACUAAUGCAGUUGAGAGAUGGGAUAUUAGUGCUAUGGAUGGGCUCCCUGAGUAUAUGAAGACAUGUUUUCUUGCUUUAUACAAUUUCAUAAAUGAUCUUCCAUUUGAUGUGUUAAAAGGAGAAGAAGGCCUCCAUAUAAUAAAAUUCCUUCAGAAAUCGUGGGCAGAUCUUUGCAAAUCUUAUUUAAGAGAAGCAAGAUGGUAUUAUAAUGGAUACACACCAAGCUUUGAAGAGUACAUUGAGAAUGCAUGGAUAUCAAUAUCAGGACCUGUUAUACUAUCACAUUUAUACUUUUUUGUAGUGAAUCCAAUCAAGGAAGAUACCUUAUUAAGUACUUGCUUUGAUGGAUACCCUACCAUAAUACGACAUUCAUCCAUGAUUUUACGACUUAAAGAUGAUAUGGGAACUUCAACGGAUGAAUUGAAAAGAGGCGAUGUUCCCAAAUCAAUCCAAUGCAAAAUGUAUGAAGACGGUAUAUCUGAAGAGGAAGCUCGUCAACGUAUUAAGUUAUUAAUAAGUGAAACAUGGAAGCUUAUUAAUAAAGAUUACAUAAAUUUGGAUGAUGAUGAUGAUGGUGAUGACUACUCUCCAAUGUUCUAUAAGUCUAAUAAUAUUAAUAAGGCUUUCAUUGAAAUGUGUUUAAAUCUUGGUAGAAUGUCACAUUGCAUUUAUCAAUAUGGAGAUGGACAUGGAAUUCAAGAUCGCCAUACAAAAGAUCAUGUACUAUCAUUACUUAUUCACCCUAUUCCUCUUACCCAAUAAGAACAACUUCAAAUCAACCUUAUUGUUGGUUCUAUAAAUGUUUUAUUGUCUUUGGUGAUAGAUUUACUCAUCAAAAUUUGAAAUAUUAUAUGUGUAUUUUACAUUGUGAUUUUCAAUAAAAUAAAUAUCCAUGUGAUAUAUGUAUUUUUAUAUUUAAUACGGUUGAGACGAA